GUUUCGCGUGGUGGGUGGGCUCCCGUGAGCGGGGGCGGCGGGCCUCGGAGGGCCUCGGCUGGUAGGGCAGGCCGCCCGGGGCGGAUGCAGCGGCCACUGCCCUUGGGCCCAGCAGCGGCCCCCGGGCGUGAAGGCGACGCGCGAGGCCCGAGGAAGCGAGGCCGGCGGCCAGGGCCAGGCGAAGCGGUAGGCUGCGGCCCUGAGGCCGGGGGACGAGAGGAGAGCAGGCAAAAGAGGAGAAUGGUGGCCCGGGCGUCUGGGAGAGAAGAGGUGGAAAGUGACAAGUCGGCCAAGGAAAAAAGAAAAGUUACUGAAGCCUCAAGUGAUGAUCCACAGCCAGGGAUUGACCUGGUAAGAAAGGAAUUAUUAACCAGUUCGGAAUCUUUCCAAACAGUGGAGUGCAGUGAAUUUCAAAGUAUGGCUUUCUUGCAGUCUUUGGGUAAGGAAGGUUUGGUAGAAGGUAUUAAAAGAAGAAUUCGAAUUAAGAAACUUAAAAGCUUAGAAAGCCCACCUUUAAAAAUAACUGAAAAUAAGGCUACACAAAAUAUUAAGGUUGAAUUCCAAGAUGAACUGUACAAGAAUACUCCAAAAUAUUCUUGUAACAGCUUGUCACCUGGAGUAGAAAGUAAUUCCAUUUUAAAAUUACAUGAUUGCAAUUGUUUACCCCAUUCCAAGGGUUGUAAUGGUGAAAAUAACCUUUCAUAUAAGCCUGAUGGUGAAUGUAUGCAUGUACCAGAAAAUUCCUCAAAGUUAAAGAAAGAAAACUUUAGGAGUCUUGCAGAUAAGAGUGACACAAAUAAUACUCCUCAGCUUUUACAAACUGGAGAAAACUUAAUGGGAGUAAAUAAGUUAUUGCUUGAAGAAACUGAUUUAUACCAAAGUAAAAGUAAUGGCUUGUUUUCCUGCCUUCAGAAUGAAAAAAAUAAAUACUCAAUAGUGGAGAGCAAUGUUGGGAGAAAACCCAGGAAAAGGAUGAAGGUGUCUGAAAAAGGAGAUGAAAUGAUUAUUGAGAUGAACUUCUCUAAUGUGUAUAGCAAGUCUGAAUUGGUGUUACAGGAAAACCAAACAGGUGCUGAGGGUAAAGGAGCAGAGACUUUAGAGGCUAAAAAAAGUCCUUUAAAAGUUUUGAGAAAAAUAAACCACAAUACAUUCUCCCCAAUGGAUCAUUUAUUAAGUCUUCCAGAAACAGCAGGAAAAAAAACAAGUCCUGGACAUCAUGUAAAUGCAAUGUUUCAGAAAACCCUUGAGCCACUUUCAGAAGAAGAAACAAAAAAUGCUUCAGAGUCCUUAGAAUUUAAAAACACAGAGCCAGAAGAGUAUCUUAAGUUGAUGCAAAGCUCAGUAGUGAAAUUACCUAGUGAUUGCCAUCUUAUUGAAAAGAGAGCUUCUUGGGAAGACUUGAGAAAUGAAGCUGAAGAAUUGAAGUUAGGCUGUCACAGAACAAUACCGAUGACUGGUAAAAGAAUUUGGCCUAGUUAUUCCUGUGCUAGAAUAUCUGCCCAGUGUUGGAAAAAGUCUUCCUUGCCAAAUUCAAAUAACUUUCUGCCUGGGUCUCAGGAAAGUUUUAGGCAAGGUGAUUUUCUUAAACACCAAACAAAUCAAACUCAUGUAACUGAUUCUAAAUUAUCAUUACAAAGCACCAUAACAGAAACAAACCGUGAAUCUUCAAGUAAAGAAAAACCGGAUUCUAAUUUAAAUUGUUUGUCUUCAGUCUCUACAGUAGAACCUACUUUAAUGAUUAUAAAGGAACCCAUAAUUGAUGAUAAAAAGAUGAAGUCAGAGGAACCAAGCAGAAGUGGGUCAGAGGUAGUUUCUAAUACUACUGAAGACACUCAGCUAACUAAUGUGCCUCAAAACUUAACAGGAAGUAAAAAAAAAGAUAGAGGGAAUUUAACAAAAUUUAAUCUGACAGUGGCUUCCCAGGAUGGCCAAGAAGCAAGUAACUCUAUAGGCAAAACUAUUCAUCGAAAAGCGUGCAUUGCUAAGCAAACCCUUGUGGUUCCAGACUUGGUUAAAAUACUGAACACAGGACGGCUGACUAAUUUUAAAAUUCCGUUACUUAAGAAUAAAACAGAAAAAAGAAAAGAAAUAAAUGCCAGGUCAUCAGAGAGAGAAGCAUGUAGUCCCCUAGAACUUCUUGACAAUUUAUCUGGAGCAGAGGUAAGACAAAAUAGGAAUAAAGAAAAUUUCUCUACAGUAACUUUAGGACCUCAGUCUUUGAGAAUACAAAAUAGUGUAACUCCAGUGCGAGCUAUUUCUGACUCACGCAGCUGCAAGAAUUAUUCCUGUAUUAUUUCUUCAAGCUUUUUAAAGCAAGGUAAUGUUAAUAAACCAUCCAACCACAUCUCUGAACCAGGCAAUAUUAUUUCAAAUAAGGAAGCUGUUUCUCUGACAGUUGAAAGAAAUACUUUUUCUUGUGAUCUUGCGUGUAUAGAGCAAAGUCCUGCUUUCUCCUCUAAUGAACAGGAAACAUUCAAACCAGUUUCCUCUGAAGUUAGUGGUAGAGAAAUGACUAAGAACUUUUCAGAAAUUAAAAUGGCAUUUCCAGAUAUUCUUAAAGCAUAUGAAGAUGAUGUCCUCUUAAUUGAUGUCAUUCAAGAUGACCCAGACCUCUUUGGGGUCUCCAAUGAAGGGGAGCUCUCAUUUACUUCAGAGUUCCCUAUGAUAAACCAGGAACCCAAUGUUGCUGAAGAGCACCAAUCAACAGACUCUAAGCACAUGGAACUUCCAGAAAAAAAAGAACCAAGCGAUGACUUGAGAAAACUUCCUAUACUGGAUCCUGGAAUGAUGAAGUCAGAGAUCUGUGCUUCCUUAUCAGCAGCAAAUGAGUUAAAAUAUGAUUCCAAAGGUGAAAACAUUUCCUUAGGGGAAGUUACUAAUGAGACCUGUGAAAGUGAAAAGCUGGGAGACUUCAGUGAACAUAUAAAAAGUUCAGACUCGGAUGAAGAGUGUAGAUUUUCAGAAAAGGUGACUAUUAAAGAAGAAAAAGAAAAUAUUUUUGAAGUUUGCAAAAGUGAAGGUUCUAAAAAUGCGGAGAUUAUGGUUGGUGAAAGUCAGUUGGCAGUACUGGCCCCAAAACCUCUGUGCUUCUCAGUGCCACCUUUGAAUCUAAGUGGUCAUCAAGAAGAUAUAUUACUGAAGCCCUGGAUGAAUGAUUUCAGAUUUCCAGGAAAACAUUCUCUCCUAAAGCUUCAGAAUCCUGAAACUUGUGAAAUAUUUAAGAGGGAAAAAAAUGUAGGGGUGUUCCAGAAGCCCUUAGGGUUGAUGCUACCCCAUAGAUAUUGCAAAUUUCAUUUUAACACGUUACGUGGCUGUGAGCGAUCACAAUGCAAGUUUGCUCAUGUGCCUGAGCAAGGGGAUGAAAAGGUUUGUAUGGAUGUGUUUAAGAAAUAUAUAAGUAUCAACGAGCUGUGUUUGCUACAACGUGCAGUAAACACAUUUAUGGAUUACUACCGAAAGUUUCCACCGGGUAUACACUUUGAUUUACAAGUGCUAAAUGACCUUCUAAAUUCUUUACUCAAACAUUGUUUAUUGAAAGAAGUAUUUCAGGUAGUGAACCUCAGCAUAAUGGUUAAAAUGCUGCCUGCUCUGAAAAUCCUACUAAAAAUAUUUGAACAUGUGGCAACUAUGAAAUUAAGGAAUGCUGUGCCUGCUUUAAUUGAUAUAUUUUGCAAGUUUGUUGAAGCUGGGAUGGUAUUUGACCCAGAACACUUUACUUAUAUCGUCCAGCUCUUAUACCAACUACAGGCUUCCCAACAAGAAGUAUCUGCAGUUCUGGAAAUGAAAUCCAGGUUACAGAUGAGGCAAUUUAAAAAGAACUGGAAAUAUGAUUUAGAUUCAGCCUUGAAUGAAAUAGAGCAUUGUAAAGAAAAAGGUGACUGGACCAAACUGGGAAAUUUAUACAUUAACAUAAAAAUGGGCUGUGAAAACUUUGCAGAUUUCCAGAGAUUUUGUGCAUGUAUUGCUGAAACACUAACAAAAGACUGUAAAGAAGAGAGACCAGGUGUUCCAUUUUGUCAGUUUGCUGAAACAGUUAGCAAAGAUCCACAAAAUAGUGAAGUAGAUAAAACUUUGCUGGGAAGAAUCGGAAUCAGUGCUAUGUACUUCUAUCACAAGCUGUUGCAGUGGUCCAAGGGAAGGAAAGUCUUAGAUAAACUAUAUGAAUUAAAAAUACAUUUUACAAGUUUAAAGGGAUUUACAGGGCCCGAGAAGCUAGCACCAAGAUGUCAAAUUGUGAAUAUUGCAGCAGAAAUUUUUCUAAAAAGUGGAAGCCUAGAUGGUGCCAUUUGGGUAUUGAGGGAGUCAGAAUGGAUCAUCAAUACACCACUGUGGCCUUGUGAUAGACUGGAUGUACUCAAUCGACAUAAUCUGCUCUGUACAAUUGCACAUGAAAUCUUAGCCAAGAGCCUUUACAGACAGACAUUUGAAGUUUUGCAAAAUCUACCAGGUUUUCAAAAUUCUCAAGAAACUGUGGAGGUCUCACAGUAUAGCCUUCUUUUUAAUAAACUUCUAGAUGCCUGUAUAGAAAGCAACAGUCUUGGUAUGUCAUCCUCCGUGGCAGAAUUCAUGAUUUCAAAGAACAUCCCUAUUGAUUUCUCCUUUCUUAGAAGAUUAAUUACUUCUUUAGGAAGGAGUUGUUUAUGGCUCAAAGCCAGAGCCCACUACAAAAGUGCCCUUUCAUUGGGUUGCUACCCACCGUUGGAGGGAAAUUUAUACCGAAAACUUCUACUGAUUCCUUCUUAUUUAUCUGAGAUUGAAAUGCUUUUAGCUAUUGAAAUCUUCCUAGUAUCUAAUGCUAGUAGUAUUCAGAGUCCUGGAACUUCUACACAGAUACUGCAGAUAGUUUUGAAAAGAUGUGAAGAAAACAAAUCUCGGAGCAAGGAUGAUUAUCAAGCCGCAGUGGAAAGAUUAAUUAUGGCUGCUCGUAUAUCGGAUCCAAAGCUCUUCAUUAAGCACAUGACCGUCAAUGUUAAUAAGGAACAGGUUUAUAGUUUGGAACAUUGUUCUGCCCUGAAAUGGUUGAAAGAGAAUAUGAAGUGGGCUGGAAAGGUUUGGCUUUUCAGUAACCAUUAGUUAAUAAAGGCUUUUUUUUUUUUAAGUUCAAGUAAUCAUUGUUGAAAAAAAAGGCAAUAAAAAGUUUUCACUAUAUUCACCUUUUACCUUUUAUUGGUUUAUAAUAAGUUAACAGUUUCCAAACACUAAAAAUUUAGAUUAAAGUAUGCAAAUGGUUUUAUCCACACUGAAAAGUGAUUUUUUCAAAUUACUUUUUGACUUCUCUUUACCUUAGGUAAGCCUAAGUAUGGUUAAUUCCUAUUUAUUCUGAAAUCUAAACAGUGGAAAAUCACAAACUGAAUAUUGUACAGCAUUUAAUAAGAGUAAGGCCUAAAAGGGAAAGUAGGUGAGCAGGUAACUGGGGUUUUCAGAUAAACCUUUAGGGGAAUGAAAUAAGUUUAUACACAGUACAGAGUCUAAAUCCAGUUUUAUAUCUGCAAUCUAGAAUAAUAAAUACUAUUGAAAAAUGAUUCAAAUACUAAAAUUCUAGAGCACCUUCUGAGUUAUACCAAACAAUUUUAAAUUACUGUCGAAUAAUUUUCCUUUAGUGUACCUUAGAAUAUAUGUAUUUUGGAAAUUUGUAAUUUGUUACAUUAGGUAUUACUAAAGAAAACUAUUUUAAACAAAUAUACCACAACCUAAAUACCCUAACAAGGACUGUUCCCAACCACCUUAGGAAGUUAAAACUCCUUUUCUCAAGUCCUUCUCCGGAUCUGUAGCACUAUCCAAGGUGAUCAUUCUCAAUUCUUGAUUUGAUACUUUAAAACAUAAUUUAAAAUCAUUUACAGAAAAAGUCUGAAUAAGGUGAGUAAUAAAAGAGUAAGUCGUGACUAAGGGGACUUAAAGUAUUUCUUAAAGUUCUCAAAAUGUGGUAAUAGCAUCACUGGAAUAAGUAUACCCUCCCAAGACUAAAAAAUUAAAUCCUAGCACUUAGCAAAAUGCCUAUUAUCAUAUGAAAUGUGAAAUGAAUACUAUCAGAACGAGAUAUGGAAAGUGAAGCAGAGAAAAGGUAAAAAAAAAAAAAAAAAUGCUCACUUCUCUAGUAUGAAGAAACCCAGUGACAAUAACUGCCAUUACUUAAAUGCGGCACCUAGAAAAUAGGUUUGGAGAUUACUAGCAUCAGUUUGAGGCGCCUUUGAGGACACUUAUAAAUUAGCCCUUCCUAUAGAUGGAAACUGAAAACCAAAGAAAGGGGUUAAAGAAAUAUGAGACCAUUUAGACGCUGGUGGCCAAGAGGCAUUUGGAAAGACUAAAAUGCGAAAGAUGGUAAAUUAAGCUUCUGGGGGGAAAAAUGGGAUUGGAUGGAAUUGAUCACAAGUGACCAAAUUGUCAGGAGCAAGUGCCUUUAGGGAGGAGGAACAAAUGGAGGCGGCGUUCCUUCCUUCCUUCCUUUUCUUUCUUUUUCCUCUCUCAACAGUGCCAAAAGGUAGGGAAAAGAUUGGUUGGUGCAUAUGCCUAAUUUCAUUUGUGGCCGUUCCUUGGGAUAAUCAAAGCCACAAGAGCGAAGUAAAGCUAAAACCCAAAAAAAGGGGGCGGAGGGAAUGUUUACGGUUUGAAAAUAGCAAGAUCUCGAAGGGACCGAAGUCAAAAAAUGUGAACUGGAGAAAAACGUUUAGGAAUUAGCUAUAUUUCUGUAAGGAAUGCUAAAGGGCAUACUUCAAUAAGACCUUUAAAAUCUGGUGCUCUCAACUGAGAGCCGACCUAAGGCUUCAGCUCCGAAAGCGCCGCGGACGAUUCGCAAGGCCAGCCUCACCCCCUCCCUGGACGCCAGGGCUGGGAGACGCGGGGCGGCCCGGCGCAUGCGCGCGUCCCCCCUACUCCAGGCUCCGGCGCGUGCUCGGUCACCCUCUGCUCCCCGCCCUGUCCACCCCGUUCCGGUCAGGCCCCGCCACCUGCCCCCUAGUCAUUUUCCGACGCCCGCCGGCCUAGCCCGUUACGUCUCGGAGUGAUCAUUCGCGUCUCCCAAAGCUUUCCGCGGAGCCCCCUCCCGGCCGGUCGGUUCUCUCUAAAUCUAGAAAUCAUGAUUUAAUGUUCAGACUUGUAUUUAGGAACAUUUUAUUUUCAUUGGGAGAAUCCGUUGUCCCAUUUCUAAGUAUUAAUGUCCUUUAUUAGUCAUUGCUCAGUAGUAAUUUUACCCUAUGGUUACAAAGUGGACAGUGAAUGUAUAAUUUUUCUGUACAAAUGAAAACCAGUACUUUAAGUACAGAAACUUGCUUAUUUAAAUUCAAGUUACUUAAAUUCAAGAAACUUUUUUUUGCUUUAUUUUUGACGGAAACGCUUCUAAACAUGCUACAUAAAGUCUCUGCACAAAAAAAAAUUCUCUGCACAACAUACCUUGUGCUCCAUGUUUGAAAAUCAUUAAGGAUUUUUUAUAAUUUUUGCAAUUUUGCUGUUGAUGAUUCUUUGGAGACUAAUUCUGAGCUAACUCUGAAGUUAUAAAGCUACUUUCUAUGUGAUUAAUGGAUGCCUGGAAGUUGAUGUACAUAUAUAUUCAGAAAUGUUUUGCCACCUGAAACCUGUGAGAAGACACAGAAAAUUUGAGAGGCUGGCAGGAUAGCUGAAGUGUCUGUCAGACACCUGGAAAUGAGAAAUGAAGCUCAAGUGGGGGGAAUCAGUGGACCUGCCACUAUUUGCUUACACGGCCUCAUAUUGAGGACAUCAGGACCUGGCUUACUGCUUACUCUAUUGUUCAGAGUCCUUGUUGUAGUCCUUCAUGCACAACCUUGUAUAUUGACU